AUGGGGAAAGGCCCGCUGGAACGCCAGCACCAGUUUGAGAAGAAGAACCAGAACCUGGUCAAGCUGCCCAAAAACGCAAAAGUCUCAAAACGACCUAUCCCGCACGCCCCAAUCGCUUCUCCAUACGCCGGUGCAACAGUGCCAAAGAUAGUAUAUGUCUCCAGCAGCACGCCCUUCAUGAGCGCCGUGAAGCGUGUCCAGAAAUUGCUGCGGCAAGCGGAGAAGCGUGACACGGCUGCGGUCAGCCUGGAGGAUACGCGGACGAGCGAGAAGCAGAAACUCGCGGAGCUGGCGAAGAUUGCUGGUGCGGAGAAGCGCGAGGAGAUUUUUGUUAAGGCUACGGGGCGCGCGAUUGAGAGGGCGCUUGGUGUUGGGAAGUGGUUUGAGGAGCGGGGUGGUGAGUUUGUCGUUAGGGUGAAGACGGGGAGUGUGCUUGUUGUUGAUGAUGUUGUUGAGGGGGAGAAGAAGAGUCGGAAUGAUUCGGAUUUGAAGGUGGAUGAAGGUGUUGAUUCAGCACCUGCACCGGAUUCGAAGGCGUCGGACUCGGACAAGAAGAGGAAGCGGCGUGCUGAUGAUGACUCCGCUGACAUGGAGGAGUUGCCUGAGACGCGCACGCGGUGGAUCAAGAUGGUCGAGGUUGCUAUCUCGCUCAAGUGA